UUCCUUCCUUUCUUCCUAAUAUUCCUAACUUGAACCAGCUUCAGUACCACUACUGCCCACUUCCGAUUUCCCAAUUUCCGCACUUUCCUUUCUCUCGAUUUUCUCUGAUCUUCAGCAGAAUCAUACCCAGUUAUGGUGAAAUCGGCCGACAAUGGGUCUGUGUCAGUUGCGCCUUUUCUGAAGAAAUGCUAUGACAUGGUCGACGAUGACUCCACGGAUUCCAUAAUUUCAUGGGGUCAGAACAAUGAUAGUUUUGUUGUUUGGGACCGGACUCAGUUCUGUGUUCACUUGCUGCCUAAGUACUUCAAGCACAGCAAUUUCUCUAGCUUCGUUAGGCAACUCAAUAUCUAUGGUUUUAGAAAGAUAGAUGCAGAUCGUUGGGAAUUUGCAAAUGAAGGAUUUAUUAGAGGUCAAAAGGAUUUAUUGAAGAAUAUCUCCAGAAGGAAACAUCCUCAGGGCUCUGACCAGCGUAAAGCAUCGCAGCCUCAGGACAACUCUGUUGAACCAUGUGAGAACAUUGAAAAUGUCGGGCUGUGGAAGGAAGUUGAGAAUUUGAAGACUGAUAAGAAUGCUCUCAUGCAGGAGCUAGUCAAACUUAGGCAGAACCAGGAGACUGCUGAUAGUAAGUUGCUUCGCCUGAAGGAUCGUCUUCAAGGAAUGGAAAAGAAUCAGCAACAGAUGCUCUCAUUCUUAAUCAUGGCAAUGCAAAGCCCAGGCUUUUUGGUUCAGCUGCUUAAGCCUAAGGAAAAUAACCGGCAUAUGACUGAAGCAGGCAAUAUGCUAGGUAGCACUGCAGAGGAUAGUGAAUCAGUAGCUUCUGAUGGUAUGAUAGUAAGAUACCAGCCACCUGUGGAGGAAGCACCAAAGCCAGUACUCAAACCAGUGAUAGACUCGGAGAUUCCUCCUGAAUUUGAUGCAUCUUCUGGAGGGAUGAAAGAUUUUUGGAUGAACAUUGAUUUUGUGAAAGUUCUUGUGGAUGAUAGUCACAUACCUUUUGCUCCACCAGAUUUACAUGACGAUGGUGCUUGGGAAAAGCUUCUUCUAGCUAACCCUUUUCUAGAGAACGGGGAAGAUGGAAAGAAAGAUAAAGAAUGCCCCACAGACUCGGGUAUGGAAGUUGAAGCAACAGAGUCCGGAAUGUAUUUGGACAAACCUCAUAAUUUUGAACUUCUACUGCAAAAUAUGGGAAAUUCUCAUAACUUAGAGAUUGAACCGAUAGUAAAUGGAUCACAGUUGGAGACAUCCGAGAACUUGGAACUUCUAACAGAGCAAUUGGGGCAUUUGACUUCUGAAAGUGACCAUAGGGAUGAAAUCCCUAGUAAGUAGUGUAAAUUAUAUGGUAGUCUCUGAAACUUAUUUUAACAUGUUUUAAUUAUAUAUAUGUAUAAGAAACUAAGAAAGUGAUAUAUCUCCAUUUCAUACAUUCAUAUUUCUCAAUCUAUAGAGAGGAAAAGGUUGGGAUUUCAAUUAUUUUUAAGAGUCGGGACUUGAUAUGUAUUUUUUUGAAAAUAUAUUAUUUUAUUUUUU